CCUAGAAGAAAACAGAGAGUCAGGGAUAGAGAGCUAAAAGGAGCACGGAUGGAGAAUGCUGGGAAACCCUCAGCCAACGCUGGGGCCUGUUUUCCUAAGCAAGAUCCCGAGCGUGUUGGCGGUCACAUGAUCUCAAGAGAUGACCUGGAAUAUCCACGGGAAUACCGGACGCUGGGGAACAAUGCUCGGCGCUUCUCCAAUGUUGGUCUGGUGCAUACGUCUGAGCACCGGCACACAGUCAGUGCGGCGCAGAGCCUGGAGGCCCUGACCAACCUGCACAAAGCUGACAUGGAACGCAAGAGGGACGCCUUCAUGGAUCACCUGAAGAGCAAGUACCAACAACAGCAGCAGCAGCAGCAGCAGCAGCUUCAGCAUCCACACCACAGCCCUCACCACAACCCACCGUCGCCCUCACCCUCCCACGCCAGCAUGAGGGGUACAUCAGAGCGAUCUGCAAGAGAACAACAACAGCCCAACUACUGGAGCUUUAAGAGCCGCAGUCCACGCCACUCCCAGUCUACCCAGUCUGGUCUUGCCGACCAGGCUGCCAAGCUCUCUUUUGCCUCCGCUGAAUCCUUGGAGACUAUGUCAGAAGCCGACAUCCCCAUUGGGUUUAACCGGAUGAACCGAUUUCGCCAGAGUCUGCCGCUGUCCCGCUCAGCCAGCCAGAAUAAGCUACGAUCUCCAGAUGAAUUUUCAGGCGUGCUGUUUCUGCAAUAUGGAGAUGAGACGCGUCGGGUGCACAUCACCCAUGAGCUCACCAGCCUGGAUACGCUGCAUGCUCUCAUCGUGCACAUGUUCCCUCAGAAGUUGACAGCAGGUAUGCUGAAGUCACCCAACACAGCCAUCCUGAUCAAGGACGAGGCCCGUAAUGUCUUCUACGAGCUGGAGGAUGUCAGAGACAUUCAGGAUCGCAGCAUCAUCAAGAUUUACCGCAAAGAACCCAUCUAUGCUUCUUAUCCCGCUGCCGCACACCUGGCCAACGGGGACUUGAGGAGGGAAAUGGUCUACUCUUCCCGCGACUCCUCCCCAACUCGCCGCCUAAAUACCCUUCCUUCCUCCACCGCCUCAGCAUCCUCUGGGUCUCCUUCUCGCUCACGCCUCUCCUACAGCGGGGGCCGUGCUCCAUCCUUCGGUGGAUCCCAUCCCCAACAUGAUCAGCCCCGACACCCACACCAUCCCUCAGCCGGCCAUGGUGCCAACGCAGGUCUUUCCCCUUCACCUAGUGCCAUCCUGGAGCGCCGCGAUGUCAAGCCUGAUGAAGAGGUUUCUGCUAAAAACAUGGCACUGAUGAAAAAUGAGGGGCUAUAUGCCGAUCCCUACAGCUUGAUGCACGAAGGCCGCCUCAGCAUCGCUUCCACCCAGUCAUUAGCUGCGAUCGGAGACCCCUUUAGCUUCCCUGUUUCCGCUGGCCUGUACCGACGUGGCUCUGUGCGCUCCCUCAGCACCUACUCAGCUGCUGCUCUCCAGGGAGACCUGGAAGACUCGCUCUACAAGCCUGGAGGUUCACUAUACUCAGACACAUACUCUUCUGCCACUCUGGGCAUGGGAUUUCGCAUGCCACCGUCAUCCCCACAGAAAAUCCCUGACAUGCAGCUGAGGGACAGGGACUCUUAUUCCAGCACACCCAGAGCCUCACCUGUCAGACAGAGUUUCCGCAAGGACUCUGCCUCUUCUUCUGUGUUUGUGGAGAGCCCGAAAUCCAGGCCCAGCUCCAGUUCUGAUCCUCUGUGUAUAACAGCUGGACCUGGAGAGGGCAGCCGCACCACAUCUGGUUUUGGGUCUUCGUUAUCUGGGCAAGAUUCUGACAGUAGCAGGGAUCAUCGCCUGGAGCGUAUGGAGGCCAUGGAGAAGCAGAUAGCCAGUCUGACUGGCCUCGUCCAGAGUGUGCUGACCAGAGCACCAGACAGUGACAGCACAUGUGGCCUGCUGCGUCUCUGCAUGAUGGCGGGCUGCCCUCCAGACCAAGGGACGGAGUUUUCACGGCCAUUACCUUUCUCUUCCAGCGAGAAGACCGAAACCAACAGUGAUGGCUCCGCCACUGGAACCGGACGACAGAAGAAGAAAGCAAAUACACCGUCGGCACCUCUAGCUCUGAUGCCGCCGCCACCUUCUAACUCAAUCCAGGUGAACAGCGUUGGUCGCUUGCAGAUGCAGCUCCAUCUUCACGGUCUGCAGCAAAACGCCAGCGACCUGCGCAAACAGCUCAACCAGCUACGCAAGAUCCAGCUAGAGAACCAGGAUUCAGUGCGAACGCUGCUGAAGCGGACAGAGGCGGAGCUGAACGUGCGUGUGACUGAUGCCCUGAGGAAACAGGAGGAUCCUCUCCAGAGGCAGCGCCUCCUGGUGGAGGAAGAAAGACUCAAAUAUCUCAACGAGGAGGAGCUCAUCAUUCAGCAACUCCACGACCUGGAGAAGUCGGUGGAGGAGAUCCAGAAGGAGUCGUCUGUCAACCACAAGCUGGUGACAGUGCAGGAGCUGGAGGAGAAGGCCACUCUUCUGAGAAAGCUGGGAGAAACACUCACGGAGCUGAAAAAUCAAUUUCCAGGUCUGCAGAGCAAGAUGCGGGUGGUGCUCCGGGUGGAGGUGGAAGCUGUCAAGUUCCUGAAGGAAGAGCCACACAGACUUGAUGCCCUGUUAAAACGAUGCAAGACUAUAACUGAUACCCUUGCUACCAUGCGCAAACAAGCAAAUGAGGGAGUAUGGAAGAAGCAAGAAGACUUCACUAGUUCAUCAUCCAAGCACAACGAGGACUUGCGAAAGUUUGCAGACUUUGAAAUCCCCACCAUCAAUGAUCUUGGGGGAGGCAACAGCUUGUCCAAUUGGAGCCCUCACACCAGCCUCAGCCGUGGACAUGGCAACCCAUCCGGCCUUCACAAGGAUAAUCAUCCUCCUGUUCCCCACAAGGGCAAAGCUCUGGAAGAGCUUGAGCGUCGUGCUGCUGCUGACAAAGCUUUGUCCAUGGAGGUCCGACUGGCAGCAGAGCGGGACUGGGAGGAGAAGCGGGCCAGUCUAACCCAGUACAGUGCUCAGGACAUCAACCGUUUGUUGGAAGAGACCCAAGCUGAACUAAUGAAGGCUAUUCCAGAUUUGGAUUUUGCUGCCAAGCAGAUUAAGCCCUCCUCCAACACACCAUCAACACAGACCCCCCAGAGUGGGGCAGCGACCCCAGACCACCGUGCCAACAAGCCCCAGCACAAGCUUUCUGGGAAAGAGGGAGGGUCCAGGCGUGGCUCUGAUGAGCUGACAGUACCUCGGUAUCGCACAGAGAAACCCUCCAAGUCCCCUCCACCUCCACCGCCUAGACGCAGUUUCCCCUCAUCUCCCGGUGUGACCACUCGCAGUGGGGAGCCACUAAUUCCUGGAAAAAGCAUAAAGAAGGCUGAAUCUGAAGAGACAGAGGGACAGAAACCUCACAUAAAACUGAGGAGGACCGUGUCCGAAAACCCUCGUCCGUCAUCAACACCUCCCACACUGGCUUCUGAAGACAAAGAGGAGGGAGAGGGGGAGAAAAUUGCUGCCGAAUUGGAGGCAGGGCACAUGUCUCCUGUCCCCCACAUCGUGUUGACAGAUUGCUGUCCUGCUUCGCUCACAAACUCAGAGGAUCCUGUCAGAGAUUUGGGGAAUGACCUUGUGGAGGGGACUCAAUCACAAGAUUGGACUGGUCAUCAUUCAGUCGGCAAGACUAUAAUUUCAAGGGGAAAGCAUUCAGGGGGAUUUGAAAGUCCUCCACAGCGAGAACAGUGUUCGGAUAGUGAAUUCAAACAGGAAGUUGCCCUGCUGGUGACAGAUCUGGGCAUGAGAGUGGUGUCUCCUCUUGAAGCCCAAGAGCUCAGUGAGACUAAAGGAGAUGUUCUUCACACUCUAAUCAUCUCACCGCAGACUAAGGAACUGUCUGAAACUCAGCUGAGUCACCGGCCUCUGCUAGUGCUCUUCAGGGUACAAAAAACUGUCAAAGAGGCCUACGAACUACUGUAUUCCCUUGUGGCAUCAUUCGAAUUAAAAUUCUCCCAUGCCCCAGACCAGCAGAUGCCUCUAGCUGAGGCUCUCAGAAGCGGCAUAGAGACAGGGGCUAGCAUGCUGACAUUUCACCACAAACCUGAAAUUAGGUUAAUGCCUGAGCUGAGCUCAGUAAGCAGUACUCUUAACUCUAAUGGGUCAACUAGGUCUGCGGACACUCAGAGGAGAAUGACAGAAGAUGUCCGACGCACCACCUACAAGAGGCUGGACAGCUUGGAGGAGACUAUUCGAGAGCUGGAAAACACAUUGAUAGAGAUCAGUGGUCAUGCUACUAGAGAGCAGCUCUACAGUCAGACAAUCAUCAACAGUAGCCCUGUACCGACGACUGGUAGUCCAACUGAGGCGAAGAAGCCGCCACUCCCACCCAAGCCAUCCGCCUCGAGUCCAUCAUCAAUCCAGGGAGGAACUAUUUCAGGUAGCGGGAAGUUUCUCCACUCCUCGGCUGCCUCCAAACUGAAGCACCUGCAACAAAACAGCACAGAAAAGACUAAAAGUGGCAAAAGAGAGGACUUCAUGAAGGUCCAGGGCCAGCAACAGCAGUGAGCAACCUGUCCGUGUCCAGCAUCUUCAGUUUCCUUCUUCUCCUGUUCACCUGACUCCAGAGAUACACACAACCAUCUGCUCCCUGUACCUUAUCAACUACUUUCAUAUCCCCAAUGUUUACUCUGAUAUAUGGUCUGACACCCAGUCUGUGUAAGCGCGUGUGUGUGCGUGUGCAAGCAUGCUUGCGCAGAAAUGUUUGAGUGUAAUAGUAAGGGAAGGUGCUGCAGGGCACAGUACCCAACCACAACCAAUUUUAAGACUUUCAUUUUUCAUGAUUUUUCCCUUCGACCCCUGAAAACCUCAUCUCUUUACAUUCCUCCUCUGCUCCCUCCUGUCUUCUGUGUCCCUAUUCUACCUGAAGGCGAAAGGGACCUACAGCACCAGUGGCAGCAUUGAGCCAUACCUCUCUGGUAUCAAAAUGGGCAUUUUUUCAGGCCGAGUGGCCUCUCCUGCGGCAGCAUUUGUUCCUGGUCUGAGGAAGUACCCCCAGGAGGGGGCGAUGCCUGCACUUACAGCCUCCUCAAGCCAAGCAAAGGCCCUCUUGGCAAGCCUAUCUGCUUCCGGCCUGAGCGCUGAGGCCUUGCUGCUUUCCUCCGCCCUUCGUCAUCACCGCCUCCUACGUGAGCAGCGAGCCUCCUCCCUGCCCCUGCCCAGCAGCCAAUCCUCCUCCCCUACUCCAACUGCUACCUCCUCCUCUUCAUCCUCGCCAAGCACCCCGACUCCAUCCCUAUCUCCCUCCUCUCCCACCUUUGGUUCCUUUGCCUUCUCCUCUGGAGUUCUCAAGCCCAGCAGGCGUAGCCUCGACAGCUCCAGCCUCAACAGGUCCAAGGAUGGUGGCAACAAGCCUGUGAAAAAGGACCUUUACCCUGGCAACAAGUGAUGAAUAGGAGGAGGAUAAGGACUUUGGAUACAGUUCUCAACCACAACCAUCACAUCAUGACCCAUAAAGAUGAACUAGCUGCAUUAUGGAACAAUAUUCUUUAUAUUCCAGUUCUUAUAAGAUUUUUUAAUUUUUCUUUUCUUGUUUUUUCUGCUUCCUUUUAUUGCACAGUCUACCACAGUGUAAAUGGAGUCACAGUUUUCUUCAUGGACAAGUGUCCUACUCUGAUCCAGUACCUUAGAUCUACUGCAGUUCUCCCACAAAGUCAUUCUGUCACCUUCCCAGAUAGAGAGUGCACAAACAGGCCUCCCCUCCCACCAGCUACCUGCUAUAAGCUGAUGUGGUCUGGCUGUAUUUGCUGACAGCACCAUUCUCACAUACAUACUCUCAGUGGGUUGUUAGUGGCAUAGUUGAAAUAUCUAGAUGGUGACUUUGAUCAUAUAGAAAAAAGAGCUGCAAUAAUCACCAAGUGAGUUCAGUAGUUGUGUGUGUUCAGGAUAGUAAUGUUUUGACUUACCUGCAUCACCUGACAGAAUGUGAUUCCACUCGGAAAACAAAAAAAAAAAAAUUCAAAAAAUCAGAAGGUGGCCAUGGUGAUGAACGAGGUUUCAAGCUGUUUAGUGUUAAAAGGGCAUUUGUGGCUUUUUUUAAAUCGCCUGUUUUAAACUCUAAACUGGUGCUAUGUUUUCCCCUCUGUUUGUACAAACUGAGCUUACACAAUUGUCCUCCCCCUCCUGUCUCGGAGUCGGCUUUAAUUUAAUUUUGCAUUUUAAUCUAGAUUUACAACCCUACAAACGAAAUACUUGCAUCAGCAAUUAGCGACAUUUAAAGUAGAUGUCUAAUUGGAAAACUGGAAACUGCAGCACAUUCACAAGAAUGCAAAGAAGGCAGCAGUCCUGAAAUAGCACAAGUCUUUUUAAAGAAACGACAAAGAGGCACGGUUACGCAAACAGAAGGGAAAAGUGCAAACGAUGAAUUGUAUUCAAAUGUUGGUUUUCAUAUGUGUGUAUUAACUAGUUAAUUAUGACAAUCAGGAUGUUUCCACAGUAGCAUCUUCUAGGUUGCUCUGGCAUUACAGAGCCUGACAUCACAACCCAUCCCAAAGACUUAAGCGCACACACUGAUGAACAACACACAAAUACACAGUCUCUCUCUCACACACACACUUGAAAAAGCAACCUGUACAGCACAGACUCACUUAUUUUUUUCUUUCAGCCAACCUCAUGUGAAUAAUCAUCGUAGGUCACAUCUGUUUCACCACUUAUAAAGAGCACUCUGGUAAAUUAUGCUAUAUUAAUCUGAUCUCACCAGAUCUACACUGAUAGAUUCUUUCUCUUGGGAUACUUGAGUUCAAAAUUAAUCACAUCAAACUUUAGGCCUUAUUGUAAAAUAUAACACAUUCUGUAAACGAGCAGAUGACACAAAAAGCCUAAAAGUGAGUCUUACAAACCAAGAGCGACACGAGAGGAAAGUAUUGAAAUCUAAAGCAAGCACAGUUGACUCUCAAACACAAAAUCCCCAAUUAACGAGAAUUAACUUUGUAAUUCUUUUUAAUUAUGACAAGCACAAAGGAUGAAGCAUUCGCAUAUACAUUUGAUAUGCUACACAUUAGAUUCCAAGUAUUGCUUUGGUUAUAUUACCUGCAUUUUGAGUCAUGAAACUUUUAUGAAUGAAGGCCUUCAGUGUUUCUCAAUGAUAGAAACUCAAGUUGGGAUUAUUUUCAAGCACAUCAAAGGUGUGUCAGUGUGAACCCUGCACGAGGAACCUCUUUGGAAGCGGCCUGUCCUGCGUGUUUGCCUUGAGGCAGCCUGCUGGGGAUGUGAAGUAGCUGAAUGGACCGUAACCGACAAAGUGAUUCUUCUCAGUGGUUCUCCAGCAUGACUGUGUGAAAUCGAUGCUUUGUGGCAUUGAGGUUUAAAACAUGUGAAAAGGGGCUCAUGUCAAAGAGUAGGCAGCUUUAGGAGAGGGGAUUAGUUUGGGGACAUGUGUUUGAAGGAUACUUUAAUAAGGCCGGCUUUAACUCGUCCUGUAUCCAUUGAGAGCGCUUGUGAAAUAAAAGACCCAAAGAGAUGAGAGGAAGGGUCUGACAGCCAGAGGGCACUUCUUUCCCUGCCCUCUUCACUUUGCAUUCUUUGGUGUGAAGGAUCUCUGAAAGUCAAAAGUGCUCAGCUGAUGUUAUCCAAGAACAAAGUUUGACAAGCUUCAAUUAUGAACAAUGUGUGCAAUAUAUAAUUAGCGCUCUUGCAAUUUUACCAAGGCAGUGCUCUUUGCCUUUGACAUACUCCUGCCUGCUUAUCUACAAGGACCUGUAACCAUGUUUUUCCCAGUGCCUCUAAGACGUUGCUCCUGCCAGAACCCCCCAAAUGAUCUUGUAUUACAGUAGUAGAUCAGCAGCAAUGACAGAAUAACCCUUUUACCCAAAGAAGAAGCUGCGAGAGCUGGUUUGUUCCCAUUUUUCGCAGAUAAAAGAAAACGGCACUUGAAAUGCAGUGUGUCAGGUUGCAGCAGUGGCAUUUGACUAAACAAUCCCCAGCUCUAACAGUGUGCACAACUGCAAGCUCGCAGCACAGCGAAUUAAGUCUCACCCCUGGGUGCUCUGUAGCUCUGCCAGGCAGGUUCAAGCCCCGGGUUUCAUAUUGAGUGAAGUCAAAUGAAAGAAAUUCACUUACUCAUGCUGUUCCACACUCAAAUCCAUAACUCUCCAAGUUAAAUUUGCUGCAUUUGCGUCUGGUGAGCAAUGGGGAGGAAGCAUGCACGCUUGGCUGCUUUCCCCUAAGUAAAGUCUGAAAUGAAACCCUCCCAGAAUUGCGUGACAGUGCUCUCUGGACUUUUUUUUUUUUUUCAAGACAAGUGUUAGCGGGCUGUGAUUUCAACAUGGCUGGAGGUUUAGAGGGCAUGUCGAAAAAAACUCACAGUGGAUGCCUCUGGCAAUCAGAAAAACUCAAACUUGAAAUGAAACAUACAAGAAAUAUACAUAUAUAAAUAUAUCUAAGUGAGAUGUUUGUGUAUGAUAAUAUAAUUGUGAAGAAAAUGUGAUAUAUAUAUAUAUAUAUAUAUAAAUAUAUAUAUAUAGGCCUAGAUUAAAUUAUAUACUGUAAAAUGUCAUCAUAUCUUCUGUUUUAUAUAUUAGUGAUCAUUUUGUACAGAUUUUUCUUUUUUUAAUUCAUUGAGAGAUAUUGCAUUUCACACUGAGAUUAUUUAUUCAUAUGCAGAACAUUUUUAUAUUUGUUUAAAAUCUCUGUAUAGAUAAGAGUUAGCCUCUGUAAUAUACUCUGAAGUUAGUUCAUUUUUAAAUUCUAAAUUUUUCUUUACGAACACCAAGUUAGAUUUUAUGUAAUUUUAAUUUGUAAAGAAAACACACACACACAAAAAAAAAGCUUUUCCCUGAAAAUACUCGUCCAGCUCGUGUACACCUUUGCCUCUUUAUGUGAAAGGUCACUUUAAGAUAUAAGAGGCUGGACCGGUGCCUGUGUGUUGGGCUUAUUUUGCUACUGUUGUUUUAUUUUGGGAAGGGUACUUUUUUCUGUAACUGCGAUCAGUUUCUGUUUUAUUUUUAAUUUUGUUUUUUCGUUUCUCCCCAUUCUGUGUCGUGAUGAUUGACCUGGUAUUAAUGAUACUGGAGAUGGUCGGAAACAGAUGUAGUAACUGUGAGUUUGUGGGCCUGAAAGCGUCAUACAAGGCCUUGCUGCUUUGGAAAAAAAAGGAAUAUUACUUGGCUUUAAUUUAUCUCUGUGUCAUGCUUGGCUGUGAACAGGGAUGGCAGGAAUGUGGAUCCUCAGCGCAGACAGAUUCAGGCAGGUGGAAGUUCAUUUUUGUUGCUUAUAUUGCUCCACCUGUUCCUCUGAGUGGCUUUACAUAGCAGUUAUGCUAAACCAUAAAUGUAAAAAAAACAGAAAGUUGGAUUAAUAAGGAAAUUAUGUGGAGUUUUAUGAAUUUAACCUUUUAUCUUUUCUUUUGCCAUUGUAUCUUUUUUUUUUAAAUAUAAUGAAUCUACAUUCUAUAGUAUGUAUAUGAGAUUUUUACAUGAAUGUGUGGAUGUUCCAAACUCUUGGCAUCAAAAGUAGAAAAACAAAAUUGACUUGUAAAUAGGCCAAGUCAUUCCUAGCGAGUUCAACAAAUUGUUAUGUCCAAAAGAAGAUGUUUAAAUAAUAAACUAUGACGAUGGGUACAAAGGUAUAUACAAAACAAUGCAUGUAUAGUCUCAAGCAAUCGCACGGUGAUUUUAAAAAAAAUAUGUUGUCUACAUGUUUUCUCAGAAAUGUGAGAAUAAAGCAGAGAAGGAUUCUAUGUUAUAGGUUUACAAACAUGAAGGAUGAGACAUUAUUUUGGUAUGUGUGACACGGGCAUGUUCAGUCUUACUGUGACGUUAUGUGACAAUGAUGAUAGUGGCUGAGAGUGCGAAAAGGAGUCAGGAAUGCUUGAACGCACCCCAACCAGAGAAGUCACCAGUGAUGGUGUCCUCUUUCCACAGAGUAACUCUCCCAUUUGUAGAGUAGUGUGAUAUAAGAACAAAAAUAAUACAGAAAAUAGAUCUAUGAUAUAAUGAUACAUAAAUUUAAAAGCCUACUGAUACUGGAGAUACUAAUUUAUCAGUGUGGAUGCCAUGAUAUUCUGUGAGAAAUGUGUGUGUUUUUCCUGUGAGAAGACAGCAGGCAGUUGAACCUGCCUUCUUUUGUACAUAAGUUGCUGUGAUUGUGUGUCAAAUAAAGUGCAGCUCUCUUGUA